UAAAUGAUUAUAGCUUGGAAUAUUCUUUCACCUUCAGUUAGCCUCCAAAAAUCAUUCAAAGCAAACUCAUAUUUUAAAGAAAGGAAAGCUAAGGUUUUACAAUGAGUAGCAAAAUGAAUAAAUCCAAAUCAGCCGCCCCAAAAAAGGUGGAAUCUGCUCCAAAAACUAUUGAGAAAACUGCAGAAUCAAAGAAACAAAUUUUUAGUUGCCAGUUUGAGGUCUUUGGAGUUGUGCAGGGUGUCUACUUUCGCAAGCACACUCAAAAACAAGCCCAACAGUUGGGCCUUACUGGCUGGUGCAUGAAUACUAGUCGCGGAACUGUGCAGGGCAUGAUGGAAGGACCUCUAGAGCAAGUCAAUGAUAUGAAAACCUGGCUAAAAUACAAGGGCAGUCCUCGUUCCUCCAUUGAGAAAGCUGUGUUUUCUGAAAAUGAACCUCUGCCCAUUCAUAACUUCAAGAUGUUCUCCAUACGCCGCUAACGUUGAAAUUUUCUAUACAAUUUUAGUAACCUAACUGUGUUAAUCCGAGAAUUAUUUCGGAGAAUUCAAAGUCCCUGUCACGUAAUAAAUAUUUCUGUUCCUGCUCCCAAAA